AUGUUGUCACCAGCGGUCGAGCCACAGGUGCCUGGUGUGGUAGUUGACUUCUCUUCCAAAAAUGCAAGUAGAAUAUGUUACGAGAACAAUACCUGGGGCCUAACCGAUUUUAACGAGUGUACGAUUCUUGGUGAUCCAAAAGCAGUGACUUACGAUGAAGAAGGCACUGUUGAUACAAUUAUUUAUUUGUAUAUAGCUGGUCAUUGUUUGUCACUAAUAAUGACAUCACUGGCCAUUUUUGUAUUCUGCCGAUUUAAAGAACUGAAAUGUUUGCGGAACAAAAUCCACUCAAAUUUGAUGGCAUCGUACUUAUUAGCAGGCAUUAUGUGGAUACUUAACUACACUAACUUGACCGACACAGGGACAUUUAAAUGUGCUUUGUUGGUGUUACCACUUUACUAUUUCACCAUGACAAAUUAUUUUUGGGCGUUUAUCGAAGGGAUGUAUUUAUUUAUAAUAGUCGUAGAUACAUUUUUUCCAGACAGAGUGCGGUUGCGAACAUAUAUGGCUAUCGGAUGGGGAAUACCAUUGAUCAUUAUUUCCACGUGGUGCGUCACAAAACUUUUAGUGCCGACUAAAAACGACCUAGAUUUGUAUAACCAGAUCACAUACGAAAGAUACUGUCCUUUAAUGGCAUCAUAUGUAGACGAUUGGAUAUACCAGUCACCGAUAGUCAUCGUUUUGCUGAUCAAUUCUACAUUCCUUGUAAAAAUUAUGCGGGUACUGAUAACAAAAAUAAGGUCCACCAAAUCCGCAGAAACGCACAACUACAAAAAGGCCACCAAAGCUCUUUUAGUGUUAAUACCACUACUGGGCAUCACUUUUUGUUUGGAUAUGAUCAAUCCCAGUUCCACGGGGCUACUGGUCAAUAUUUACAAAUUUAGCAAAGUUGUAAUCAUCAGCACACAGGGGUUUACCGUCUCGUUACUGUAUUGUUUCUUUAACAAUGAAGUUCAAAACACAUUAAAAUACCACAUUACUAGAUGGCAGACAAAACGGAAAUUUCUUGCUUCGAGAAAAAAAUAUGGUCGAUCUUGGAUGUCGGUAAAACAAAACAAUAUAAUAUGUGAUCAUCAGCUGGACCCCAAAGAACUGAUGCCAUGGAUACCAGCAAACAACGUUAGAUCGUCUUCUUGCGUCAGCAAUGGAACAACUACCUCCGCGUUGUCAAAUAUGAGACUGCCUCAGGAUACAUCUAUUGAAAUACCACUGGAUCCAGAACAACAAUCUCUGUAUAAAGAUAAUAAUAAUAAAGUCGUUAUAUCGAGUUUAAUUGUAUAACAUGAUAAGCGCAUACCUAGAAUAUAUCAAUAUUAUAUAUUAUUUUAUUUAUGACACGUGUUAUAUUCACACUAGAUAUAUAGAUAUAUAAAAUCUGUGAUUACCUAUAAUGCGAGUAAUAUGUAAAUAUUGUUGUACCUAGUUAGUUUUUAGAAUUAAAAUUAUUAUUAUUAUUAUUAUUAUUACUGCCACAGAGUGAAAUAUAAUAUAUUAAUAAUGUAAAGUGUUUUAACACGUCGAGAAAUGUUGAUAUUAUUAUA